AUGGACGACUGUGACUGGACUUCGGAGGAGAGUGACGACUCUGAUGCACUCUCACCCCUGCAGCCAUUAGUGAUAUGGUCAAGCAGAAGGUCAACCGCGUGUCCUCCACCGCCAACUGCAUCAUCUCACCACGUACGUGUAUACCCCAAUAGUGGUAAUCAAGAACCCACAUCAGAAUUCUCCUCUUUCCAGUUUUCUCUUCGGAAUACCGCAUUCAACCCUUGGAAAUCACGAACAUCUUGCGCCGGUGUUCUUCAAGAUCAUGUACCCAAGGACACAGUGACAGAUAAAAUCAAGGACCCUCGACCAGAAAUCCAGAGGAACAAGGAUACAAAGACCAGUGAUGCUUCAAAUACAGCUGUCGAAAACGCAUGUUUGGAUUCCUUGACAUCGGCAAUGGACAAGGAUCAAAUUUCGCAAGGUAACAGUACCCCAACCGUUAACUGCUAUCGCGAACCCGUUUCAGAUAAGUCCACAGGCUACGAGGAAGUAGCGUUUCACAAUGAAUAUGGCAAAAACUACAGCAAAUCUGCUGGUAUGAACGUUCACGUAAGGCUUGUACACAACUUCGGCCAUUUUCCAGUGUCUUCUCCAGUGGCUAGCUUACCCGCGGAUUCCGAUCAUUACGAUCUUGAAAAGAUCAACACUCAUCACAACUCUGAGCUGUGUUCUGAGAUAGUUUGUCAACUUCAAUCUGACUUUCCGGAACCAGAAGAUACACUCUGCGAAGAAACCGAAAAGUCACUUGAUCGCCAGCCCGAUAGACUUGAUCGCGAACAUUCACAUCCUGGAGAAAAGCAAUAUAGAUGUAAGCAUUGCGAUAAAUCUGUUUCUACUCCGUCUUGCCUAAGUUCUCAUCAAUCUAGACAUCCAGAAGAGAAAUCGCUCAAGUGCAAAGAGUGUGACAAAAUGUGCAGCACGCAACAUAAUCUUACCCGACAUGCACGACUUCACUCAGGAAGCAAAGCGUUUCCGUGCAAGUACUGCGCAAAACCAUUCGGUGACAAACACGGCCUACAUGUUCAUGAACGUAUCCAUACCGGGGAGAAGCCGUUCAGGUGUGGUUACUGUGAUGAAAUGUUUCGCCGUAAUAUCGAUCUUAAAGUUCAUGAACGUAGCCAUACUGGAGAGAGACCAUACAAGUGUAAAUCGUGCGAGAAGUCAUUCACGACGAAAUCAAAGCUCACCGUGCAUCGACGCACCCAUACUGGAGAGAGACCACACAAUUGUAAAUCAUGCGAGAAGUCAUUCACGACGAAAUCAAAGCUCACCGUGCAUCGACGCAUCCAUACUGGAGAAAGACCACACAAGUGUAAAUCAUGCGAGAAGUCAUUCACGACGAAAUCAGAUCUCACCCGGCAUCGACGCAUCCAUACUGGAGAGAGACCAUUCAAGUGUAACUGGUGUGACAAGUCAUUCACGACGAAAUCACAUCUCAAAGCGCAUCAACGCAUCCAUACUGGAGAGAAACUAUACAAGUGA